AUGUCCGAGUCAUCCGGCAAGGAAGCUAAUUCGUCCUCAAAGUCAAGUGCGGACUCUUUCACCCAACGAGAUCUGCAAGAUAUUUUCAGCAUUCACCCGCAUACUCUAUGCCAAACUCACGAGCUCUUGCAAUGCCAUUGUUCAAACAGCGACCAUGUUGUGAGCUCGAAUGCCAACUCUGAUGACGAAUCAGAGCUUGUAGACCCCAGUGAACUAGCCAAGAGCGUUGGCAAGAAGUCUAGGAAAAAUGUUAUCAACGACUCGGAUUCAGAUUCCAGUUCAGAGUCCGAGGUAGAAAUGGGAUUCGUUCCUGCAUCCCAAGUCAAACCCAGUAAAAUGAGUAAAGCGGAAAAGAAACGAAGGCGUGAAGCCCUGGCUUCAUUAAGCCAAUGGAGGCAUAUAAAUUGCUUCAUGGAUGGCUGCUCCGAACUUAUUCAGGACCCUGUCCUUUUGCACAUCCUACAGGCGGCCGAUAGCACUAUGGUCUCGAGCUUUCUCGCGGACCAGUCCGGACAACAAAAAGACUGGGGUGGGAUGGUUAGCUAUGCGUUCGAGAAACGGUCGGGCUCCCAACUCACUUAG